AUGUCCUCUGAAGUCGAUCUGGUCCACUACAUCACCGUGACGCGCGAAAUCGACGCUCCCAUCGGCGAAGUCUGGGGCCUGGUAGCCGGCUUCGGAGCAGAGAAAGCAUGGUAUCCGGACGCAAAAUCCGUGUCUCUGACAGGAUUCGGCGUGGGCAGCAUCCGCACUUUCCACUUUGCAUAUCCCGCCGGCCCGAACAAGGGCGAAGAGUACAUCUUCUCGGAAGAUCAAGAGCUUACAGAGUGCGACGCGCCAAACUACUCCUUGACCUUCCGCGUCCGUCGCCCGGACUACCCCGACAUGGUCGCUUUCGGGACCACCGCCCUGACCUCGCUCGCGCCUGGCAAGACCCGCUUCGAUUGGCAUGCUAAAGGUUCGCGUCUGCCCGAUGAGUACGCCGACGUCCUGAAGACGGACCUGCAUGGGCGUUUCAAUGGCCUCAUCACCGCUAUGGCCAAGCAGCUCGUCUAGAACAAGGAAGAGCAUAGUUUGGAAAGCUUGUGGUCGUUGGACGGGUUACGGGGAGAAGAAGAUGGAAAGGGGGAGACGAAGACGG